AUGAAAGCAAAAAGAAUAUCUCAGCUGAGACGAAAUCGUCGAGAAAUUUGGUUUAAAAAAGGAAGGACUGACCAGUGGUGGAAUAACUUGUUGGGUGGUAGGUUGGCGGAUGAAGAAUGGCAAAGAAAUUUUCGCUUAACACGGGCUGCAUUUUUUGAACUAGAAAAAGAGCUACGAAUGUACAUUUCACCUGACCCUAGUUCUCCAAAUUACAGAGCAUUGUCAGCUGAAAAAAAAUUGGCAAUAACACUUUACUAUCUUAAGGACAGUGGAUCCCUUCGAAUGACAGCAAAUACCUUUGGUGUUCACGUAUGCACGGUUUCGAAGACAAUAUACGAUGUAUGCAGAGCAAUAACUUAUCGAUUAGGUCCCACAUAUAUCAAAUUGCCACAAAAUGAAGAACAGAUGCGAAAAAAGGUAGCGGAAUUCGAAGCAAAGUAUGGGUGUAUCCAAGCUUUUGGCUGCAUAGACGGCACGCAUGUUGCUAUCAAAAGGCCAACGGAGAACUCCCAAGAUUAUUAUUGUUACAAGGGAUUUUUCUCCUUAAAUGUCCAGGGUGUUUGUGACUAUAGGGGACAAUUUAUGGACGUUGAUUGCAGGUGGCCUGGCAGCGUUCAUGAUGCGAAAGUGUUUGCCAAUUCAAUCAUUAACCGAAAGCUAAGAGAUGGAGAGUUACCUAUGACAUACCAGCACCUGAUUAAAGGUGGUUCUAAAGUUGGGUGUUAUCUAAUUGGUGACCCUGCAUACCCCUUAACCCCAUACUGUAUGAAGGAGUAUCAAACUUGCACCUCUAAUUCGCAAGUUAUUUUUAACAAUAUUUUGCGUUCAGCCAGAAAUCCAGUUGAGUGUGCUUUUGGAAGAUUAAAGGCCAGAUGGAGAUUCCUCACAAAGCAAAUUGAUCUAAACCUGGAUCUGCUACCAACUGUAGUGUAUGCAUGUUUUGUACUGCACAAUUUUUGUGAACAGAAAAACUGUUUUGUUGACCAAGAAUUAGUUCAGCAGCAGUAUGAAGUACAAAUCAAUAACCAACAACUUGCAAAAAAUGUUCCUCACCAUGUUUUUUCUGGAAACUUGGAUGAAGGUGAUGUCAUUCGAAAUAUAAUUACAUCUUACAUUGAGAAAAAUCUUACAAAACAGUGA